AUGACAGAUAACAAGUCAAAUGAAACUACAUCACGAAUUACCACAACCUCAACAGUUAAAACCGGUUUAGAACGUCUCGCUCAACUCUAUCCACACGUUAGUGAAGACACACCAUUGCCAACGAAAUGGAAUUCCAAAGAAAAAACAUCGUCACUAGUUUUGCAACAAAAUAACCUUGUUGUUACAUACAAAGGACAAGGAAAGUCGCACAAGGACGCAGCUAGUGUUCGUGCUGAUCAUCCGAUUCCCCCGCUAACGGGAAUCUAUUAUUACGAAGUGAAAGUUUUGAGCAAAGGUCGUGAUGGAUAUAUGGGCAUUGGUCUUUCAACAAGUGAAGUGAAUCUCAAUCGUUUGCCAGGAUGGGACAAGGGUUCCUAUGGUUAUCACGGUGAUGAUGGUCGUUUAUUUUGUUCAUCCGGUAAUGGUGUCGCGUACGGUCCUACAUUUACUACCGGCGAUUAUGUUGGCUGUUGUGUAAAUUUUAUUGAAAAUUCCUGUUUUUAUACUUGUAAUGGUUAUAAUAUUGGUACUUCUUUCAAAGAUAUUCCACCAGAAAUUUAUCCAACCGUUGGUUUACAAACACCAAUGGAAGCGAUCGAAGCCAAUUUUGGUCUCAGUCCAUUUAAGUUCGAUAUCGAAAAAUACAUGGAUGAAUAUCGAGAGAAAACUCGCCGAAGUAUACUCGAAUGUACAUUAAAAGAAAACGAAUUACUGCAUCAAACUCAAUUACGUCGUAUUGUAUCAACAUAUCUUGUUCAUUAUGGAUAUUGUGCAACAGCUGAACAAUUUAAUAAAAAUGCUGAAAGUGUCUACGCUGACGAACUCAAUUCCAUGCGCAAUAGGCAAUUAAUUCAACAUUUAAUUCUUGAAGGUCGUACCACCGAUGCAAUCGAGAAAACAAUAGAACUAUUUCCCACAUUACUCAAUAACAAGAAUCUUCUCUUCAUACUUAAAGUUCGACAAUUUAUCGAAAUGGUAAAUCGAACAGAAAGUGAAAUUCCCUUAACGUCUGCCUCUUCCCAACCGACUAAACCGCUGCCAGCCAAUCGUUCAUCAUCAUCUGUGAUUAAAUCGAAUACAUCUUCUCGUUCACGCUCAAACAGUCCGUACGCAUCCAGAACAACUUCAGGAGCACAACCACAGCACCGUAAUGGAACGAACAGUUCUUCUUCACGUCGGUCAAGUGCAAAUAACAAUGAACUACCUCAAGAAACGAAUGCAACAGUCAGUUCUGUACCCUCAAACAAUGUAGUCCCCAAUCUUAUGGACAUUGACGAUGAUCUGUACGGUAACAACACGGCGACUAACGGUGUUACCAAUAACGGAACAGUACCACACUCAACAAAUCAAAUACCGAACGGACAUUCGUUGAUCGAUGAUGACAAUAAUAACAAUAACAUUAUUCUGGAUAAAAAUAUCAACAGUAAUGGAUGUUCAAUGAAAGUUGGGGAUGGGAUGGAGUGCGAUGGUAAUGGUGAUCUAUCACAUACCAUGGAUAUGGAAACAACAGUAACAGAUGCACAAAAGCAAGACGAACAGCUGCUUCUUAAAAUAUUACAAUUUGGCAGGGAAUUACACACCCUUAAGCAACAGUUGAGUGCGGAAUACGGGGAAAAUCCACAAAACGACAAGAUUUUACAAGAUGCAUUCAGUCUGUUAGCAUAUCCCGAACCCAAAACAUCACCGUUAGCUCAUCUAUUAGAACCAUCGCAACGUGAAGCUGUUUCCAGUGUUCUCAAUAGUGCCAUACUUGAAGCACAUGAUAUGCCAAGACAUCCGGCACUUGAAGUUCUUGCCGGUUAUUUAACUGAAUGUGACAAACUUAUGCACAAGAACAAUGUUCCGGAUUGUGCUUACAUUGAAUUGAACAAAUAUUUACGAUAA